GGAGAAUCAUGAUUAUAAUACUAUCUUUUAGUAUUUCAACUUGGAUUCCAUUUUAUUUAUUUACAAGUCAAUACAAACGGCUACUUUUUCAUUAAACAGUACAUAAACAACUUGCUUCUCCGUAAAUCCAAGACUACACACAUCAUUGUCAGCUGACAAAGUCCACUUUUGUGCACAUGCAUCUAACAGACUUUUCUAUAAUAAAACCAAAUGAUUCCAUAUCUUAUUCAGUGCUGAAAAAACUGUUAUCAAGGCUCACUGGAGUUGACUGACAAUGUCUUCCAAGAUUAAUCUGUUGAUCUGUUUGUUCUUCAUUCUCCAUCUAUGGGCUGCUGCUAAUGUUACAGCACAAAAGAUAGGAAUAUAUGAGAUCAAGAAAGGAGAUUUUUCUGUUAAGGUCACUAAUUAUGGUGCCAGAGUCAUUUCUGUUCUUCUUCCUGAUAAGCAUGGAAACAUAGGUGAUGUUGUUCUUGGAUAUGACACCAUUCAGGAAUACGUGAAUGAUACAAGUUCUUUUGGAGCUAUAGUUGGAAGAGUUGCUAACCGGAUUGGUGGUGCUCGAUUUACUCUGAAUGGAACCCUUUAUAAGCUUAUUGCCAAUGAUGGCGAAAACACUCUGCAUGGUGGCCCUAAAGGAUUUAGCCAUGUAGUUUGGAAGGUGAGCAAGUACAAGAAAGACGGUUCCGAUCCUCGUAUUACUUUAACCUACCACAGUCCUGAUGGUGAACAAGGAUUUCCUGGUGAUGUUCUUGCCUCUGUUACCUAUGCAUUGAAGGAUCCUUACAAGCUUAUUGUGGUAAUGAAGGCAAAAGCUCUAAACAAGGCCACUCCAGUUAACUUGGCUCAACAUACUUAUUGGAACCUUGGUGGACACAACAGUGGCGAUAUUUUGUCCAACGAUAUUCAAAUCUUUGCAUCACACAUCACCCCAUUAGAUGAUCAUUUCAUUCCAACAGGACAAAUUGUCCCUGUCAAGAACACACCCUAUGAUUUCCUUAAACCCCGUAAAGUUGGGAGCCAGUUCAACAAACUGAAAAAUGGAUAUGACAUCAACUAUCCACUAGACAGCACUAAAAAAAUGAAGCCGGUGGCAAUAGUUCACGAUAAAAAGUCGGGAAGAUUGAUGAAUUUACAAGCAACUUCACCUGCUGUUCAAUUGUACACUUCAAACACCCUUGUAAAGAAGGGCAAAGGUGGAUUUGUCUAUCAGCCUUAUUCAGCCUUGUGUUUGGAGACUCAAGGGUUUCCCGAUGCUGUGAAUCACCCAAAUUUCCCAUCAACAAUUGUGACUCCGGAAAAAUCCUACUUUCACAAAAUGCUGUUUACGUUCUCAGUUGAGAAAUACUAAAAUGUCUUUUGUUUCUUUUGCAUAAUUGAUGUUUCAGUCAAGGUUAUAAAUAAAACCCCUGGCAUUCUGAUUUCAA